CGUUCUGUUCUCCUCUUGGCAGCUCUAAUAGGAGCAGUUAAAUGUUUAUUCAUUAGAAAAUACAUUUACGUGAGCUCUUCUAUGUCUGGGACAGAUGCUCAGAAGUACUGCAGGACAAAAUAUGUUGAUCUGUCAACCAUUAACUCACCAGAAGAAUAUGACAGUUUCAUAAGUGAUAUGGGAGCGCAUCUUUCUACUGGAUGCUGGAUCGGCCUCAGAAAGGAAGAAAAUGAGAGCAGCUUCACGAUGUGGUCUGAUGGAAGCAUGCUCAGAUUUGACAAAUGGGAUACAAAUGAGCCAGACAAGAAAGACAUCGAACACUGUGUGCAUACAAGCAAUGGCAAAUGGUAUAAUUCUGCCUGUAGUUCCAUUCGGAAUGUCAUCUGCUACAAAUGGAUUUAUCAGGUGAUCAUUGUGCAGGAGAUGAAGAGCUGGUAUGAGGCACUGAAACACUGUAGAACAUUCUACACUGACCUGAUAAGCUUGACCCCAGAGACAGCUCUGGUUUUGGCCAAAAACAAGAGCAUGAUUAUUCAGACAUCUAGAUUUUGGACAGGACUGCACUUUCUGGAUGGCUCAUGGUUCUGGGUGAACGCGGAGCCUCUGGGGAGCUGGACCACGCUGCCCUCAUGUCCCAUCAAACCUUUCCGUUGUGGAGCUCGACAAACUGGAGCUGAUGUCUGGGAAAUCUCACACUGUGAAAUGAAACUGAAUUUCAUUUGCUACAACAAAAAUGGGUAAAACGAAUUGGAUCGCUGGUAUUCAGACUGCAACAAGAACAUGAAGAAAAGGAAAGGAAAUAUGUGAUUCAUGCU